UGGCGGUGACGCACCGUUUCGCUGUUUCGCCAACCGUCCUACAGAAGAAGAAGCACGUGACUACUGUUGAACCAGGAAAUGCGGCUGCAGUUGACACGGUUGGAUCAAAACAAAUCGAGACUAGCCUGUUGGGCUGCUGAAAAAUAUUUUCCUGUGAUCACCUGCAAUCAUAUUCGUCUUGACAUGGAUGAAACACUCUUCCAGCUAAAGUUCACUUCCAAGCAGCUUGAGAGACUGGCCAAGAAGGCGGAGAAGGAGUCUGAAAAGGAGCAGGCCAAGGUCAAGAAGGCUUUGCAACAGAAAAAUGUGGAAUGUGCCAGAGUUUAUGCGGAGAAUGCUAUCCGGAAAAAAAAUGAAGGCCUUAACUGGCUGCGCAUGGCGUCUCGAGUCGACGCGGUGGCCUCUAAAGUCCAGACUGCUGUCACCAUGAAGGGAGUGUCCAAAACAAUGGGCCAGGUGACCAAGGCCCUGGACAAAGCUCUGAACUCCAUGGAUCUCCAAAAGGUCUCUGCAGUCAUGGAUAAGUUCGAAAGCCAAGUCCAGAACCUGGACGUCCACACCUCAGUGAUGGAGGACUCCAUGAGCUCGGCAAUGACGCUGACCACGCCUCAGGAGCAGGUGGAUGACCUGAUCCACCAAAUAGCAGAGCAGAGCGGCCUGGAGGUGAUGGACCAGCUCAGCCAGCUGCCUGCAGGAGCCACCUCAGUGGGUGCACAGAGCUCACAGAGCCAGGACAAGGAGGACCAGCUGUCUCGACGGUAA